UCGGCAGCAAAACAAAGGCAUCUUGCAUGGUCGGUGGUGUGAAGAAGGUCGAGAGUUUCUGCGGUGUUUACUUUUGAUGGCCGCCAGCAUGGCGGUGAACUGUGAUCGUGUCUCCAUCAGUGGAUAUGAAACAUGGGUGGAAGGCAGACGAUUCACGGUUUAUAAAGUGCUCGUGCAGACGCCACAGCGGAGCUGGUUCGUGUUCCGGCGCUACAAUGCGUUUAGCAACCUGCACGCGGAUCUCAAGAAGGCCGGCCUCUCUCCACCCAAGCUGCCCGGAAAGCGAGUGAUGCUCAACAACUUUGAUACGGCUUUCAUCGUGCACCGCAUGGACGGUCUGAACACCUUUCUCGUGAAGCUGUUCAAGUCACCUAAGCUUUCAAAUCACGCCAUUGUACGCGAAUUCUUGGCACUGGACAACCCAAGAAGUGGAGUGGAGGUCAUUGAUGAAAGGGUUGACGAGUCGGAAUAUAAAUCGGCCGGUUCGGUAUCAGAAGAGGACCAGAUUGACCUCGGGCAAAAUCAGGAGCUGGUGUCGGUGCAGGACUUCAAGCUUCUCAAAGUCAUUGGCAAAGGUAACUUUGGCAAGGUACUUCUGGCCCAACAGAUCGAAUCCGGAGAGUACUAUGCUAUCAAGGUCCUGGCAAAAACAUCAAUACUGAGAAAGAACAAGAGUCAGCAGAUCAUGGCAGAGCGCAACGUACUGCUGCACAAUGCACGCCAUCCAUUCCUUGUUGGUCUUCACAGUUCGUUCCAGUCAUCCAAGCAUCUAUUUCUUGUUCUGGACUAUGUCAAUGGUGGUGAGUUGUUCUAUCACCUCCAGCGUGAGCAGUCCUUCAGCGAGCCAAGGUCACGGUUCUACGCUGCAGAGAUAUCGUCUGCACUGGGAUACCUACACUCUAUGAACAUCAUCUAUAGGGAUUUGAAACCGGAAAACAUUCUUCUAGACGCAGAAGGGCAUAUCAAAAUCACCGACUUUGGACUUUGUAAAGAAGGAAUUAUGGAUGGUGACACGACAGGCACGUUCUGCGGUACACCCGAGUACCUAGCACCGGAGGUGUUGCAGAAGAAGCUCUACACCAAGGCAGUGGACUGGUGGUGUCUUGGAUGUGUACUGCAUGAAAUGCUCUUCGGCCUGCCGCCCUGGUAUAGCACCAACCUGGCGGAGAUGUACAACGGCAUUCUCACACAGCCUCUGCGCCUCAAGUCAACAAUCAGCGCCAAUGCUCGCACCAUACUCCGAGAUUUACUAGAAAAAGACCCUGAGGAGAGACUGGGAUACAAGGAGGGACUGCAAAACAUCAUGAGCCACGUGUUCUUCGAUGAAAUCAACUGGCCCAACUUGUACGAGCGCAAGAUCCCUCCACCAUGGAACCCCAGUGUGCAUGGCUCAGGUGACACCACAAACAUAUCAAAUGAAUUUACAUGCGAACACCUUUCCAAGUCGAUAACCGAGACGGGGAAGAUCGACAAUGGCCAGGAUGACUUUGCGGGCUUCAGCUAUCGGUCCGGCGACAAGGUGAGCGAGUCAUCACAGGACAUCGUCGACGACGAGAUGUCUAGUGCGGACACGUCCAGAGAGGCAAGUCCGUUCAACCCGCGCCUAGUGUCACUCCAGGGACAAGAGGUCGUGCGCUGUUCGUCGCUAGAUGCGCUUGGCGCGAGUCCAGGCAAAUCACCACAGGAUGCCAAAGCUCUGAAGGCAAGCAAGUCAUUGCAAGGGCCAGCUGAACUCUCGUUGUCCGAAUGCGGUGCCAGUGACCAAGAACGCCAUUCGGUUCAGGGUGACGAGGAUGACACGUUCCUGCAAGAGGAUUAUAACGACCCCAGGCUGGUGUGCAAGUUGCGUGCUAGUUUCUGGUCGCAGCAGGGCACCGAAUCCGAGACAUAGCCGUGCGCGACGCUACUGCUGUUGCUUUUAGUGUGGACGUCUGUAUGAGUGUGUGUGUGUGUACGUGUGUGCGUGUGUGUGCGUGCACACGCGUGUGCGUGUGUGUGUGUGUGUGUGUGUGUGUGUGUGUGGUGUUGCUGGCUGAUACCACAGUCUUGUGGACACUAACAAUACAGACAGGCAGGCUGACAGACUGCACUAUAGGCUUCUUGACUGCAGCUUAGUCUAACAAGUGCGCUCACUGCACAGUCUGCAGGGUCAGUGGACUACUGGCCCUCCACCCGCUGACUGCAUUUGCCAAACUGACGGUUUCAGACAGCCGCUGAAAACUAGCACGUACUAGCUACAAAGCUGUGCUAGUACUUGUAUAUCUAAUAGUGUCUUUCAGAUCAUCAGCAUGGCCGUGUACCCCUCCCCCCCCCCCCCCCACUGCUAGUAACUUGAAAUAAGGAUUUUUCAUUUACCCUGCCCAUUUUUUUACAUUAACCCUCAUGUGAAAUAGUAGUAGUAGAGUGUAAAACAUGAAGUAGUAACGCCACCCCUUGCAAUACUGGCCACACUUCCGAUACUCAACUGUGACCUUGACCGUUGCCCCAACAGGCAACGAUUUCGCCUAGUCUUUUUCAAAUUAUCUCUGUUUUUUUCUACUUGCCCGAGUUCAGGAGUGCUUUUAUUUAUUUAUUUAUUUAUUCGUGCUGAUGGCUCAGCAUGUCUGACACAUCCCACCAAUCUGA